AUGGGCAACCUGAUAAAGGUAUUGGGCAAAGAUUUCGAAAACUGUCCCCAUUUUUUCCUGGAUUUUGAAAAUGCCCAGCCCACAGAAGCAGAGACAGCGGUGUGGAACCAGGUGAGCGCCGUCCUGGAGGAAGCCCAGGGCAUCUUGGCAGAGCUGCAGUCCUAUACGGGAGCUGGCCAGGAGAUCCGUGAGGCCAUCCAAAAUCCAACUGACCUCCCGCUUCAGGAGAAGGCAUGGAAUGCCGUGUGCCCGCUCGUGGUCAAGCUUAAACGCUUCUAUGAAUUCUCCCUCCGAUUGGAGAACGCCCUGAGGAGCCUCCUAGAAGCCCUCACCAGCCCCCCCUACGCCCCGACGCAGCACCUAGAGAGGGAACAAGCCCUCGCCAAGCAGUUUGCUGAAAUUCUACACUUCACUCUCAGUUUUGAUGAGCUCAAGAUGACAAACCCUGCCAUUCAGAAUGACUUCAGUUACUACAGAAGAACCAUCAGCCGAAACCGUAUUAAUAACUUACAGCUGGAUGCUGAGAGUGAAGUCAACAAUGAAAUGGCCAACCGAAUGUCCCUCUUCUAUGCAGAAGCCACUCCCAUGCUCAAAACCCUAAGCAAUGCAACCACUAAGUUUGUAUCUGAGAACAAGACGCUUCCCAUUGAGGACACUACAGAUUGUCUGAGCACCAUGGCCUGUGUCUGCAGGGUGAUGCUGGAGACACCAGAAUACAGGAGCCGGUUCACCAACACCGAGACUCUGCUCUUCUGCAUGCGUGUCAUGGUGGGCGUCAUCAUCCUCUACGAUCAUGUGCACCCAGUGGGGGCCUUUGCCAAGACAUCUAAAAUUGAUAUGAAGGGCUGCAUUAAAGUUCUUAAAGACCAGCCUUCCAACAGCACGGAGGGGCUUCUGAAUGCACUGAGGUACACCACCAGGCAUCUGAAUGAUGACACCACCUCCAAACAGGUCCGGGCCCUGCUGCAGUGAGGCGCCUAUGGGGCGUAGGGACCUGACUCCAAAGCCCCAGACUUGACCUUGAACUUCAGCUGAGUUUUAAUAUUGCUAUAAUGUGAAUAUAAAAAUCCAUGACCAUAUUUCUCAUUUUAUAAUGAAAGGGAAAAGUUUUAAAAAAGAAACACAAAACACUUCCACCCCCACCCCCAGCUUCUCUUGACCACUUCCCCCACUUCCUGCCUGUCUCCCCCCCAAUCCUGAUCCCAUUGAGCUCCAGGGGUGGACAGCUGGCUCCAACC